AUGGGCGAUAGUGAUACACCAGACCCUCAUAACGGGGCGCCCCUGGGCUACUCGAAUGGGUCAUCCAGGGCACAGUCGCAACGGGCAUCCACGGCAGGCGUUAUGAAUGGUCAUAAAGCCGGUACAGCAGUCAACGGCAAGAGCAAUUCUCCGGUUACCAGAACCCAGCGACCUCCCACAUACUUUGGCCAUGAUCGCCAAGAAGUUACCCGGCUAUUGAUCCAGGCCUUGUCGGAUAUGGGAUAUCAGACUGCGGCAGAGAAUGUGAGCCAAGAGAGUGGGUUCGAGUUGGAGAGCCCAACUGUUGCCGGUUUUAGGUCAGCCGUGCUGAGUGGCUCUUGGACGGUGGCCGAGCAGCUGCUGUCUGGUGCAUCAUACGAGGACAGUAAUGUGCAAGGGAACGGGCUUGUUUUGGCCUUCGGCUCGGAUCGGGACGUGAUGAGGUUCUGGCUGCGGCAACAGAAGUUCCUGGAGCUUCUCGAACAGAGGGAUACUACCCGUGCUCUUAUGGUGCUCCGGGGAGAGUUGACCCCGCUCUCACACGACACUGCGAAGCUGCAUUUCCUAUCCAGUCUGCUUAUGUGCCGGUCUGCGGACGAUCUCAUGACCAAAGCAGAAUGGGAUGGAGCUGAUGGGGUGUCUCGAAUGCGCCUAUUAUCAGAGCUAUCUAAAUGUAUAUCCCCAUCCGUCAUGUUGCCCGAGAACCGCCUUGCCGUCCUUCUCGAGCAAGUUAAACAGAGCCAGAUCGACACUUGCCUCUAUCACACAGAGGCUAUGUCACCGUCACUGUACUCUGACCACUUCUGUGAUCGACGGAAUUUCCCGACCGAGGUGGCGAUUGAACUCACUGACCUGGCUGGCGAGGUCUGGCAAGUCCAAUUCUCUCAUGACGGGACCAAGCUAGCAGCUUGUGGCAGUCGAGAGCAGGUCGUUUUAUGGGACCCUAAGACGUUUGCUGUCUUGCGUUUGUUGAGCGAUCACGAUGGUGGUGUCGGUAACAUCUCGUGGAGCCCUGACGACUCUAUGAUUGUGUGUUGUUCGCAAGACAAACACGCGCGGUUGUGGGAUGCUGAUACCGGAUCGCUCCUAAAAAAGCUGAGGCGCUUUGAGGAGCCCGUCAGCGGUUGUGUUUGGGCUCGUGACAACCUAUCCUUCGUCGUCGGCACUUUGGAUCGCGCUCACAGCCUCUGUACCAUCAAUGUUAACGACGAGGAGGUCUACGAUUGGGGUAAGAGGCACCGCGUGCAAGAUCUCUGCGGCUCACCCGACGGCCGGUGGCUCGUUGCCGUUGACGACGUCCAGACAAUUCAUGUCUACAACGCCAUCACCCGCGAGCUCGAGUUUGACAUGGAGCUCAAGGCCCGUCCCACGUCCGUCAGCAUCAGCCAGGACUCGCGCCACCUACUUGUGAACAAGCGUGAUGGUGAGGCUCAGCUCAUCGAUCUUGUCACUCGUAACUCCGUCCAGAAGUUCUUCGGCCACACUGGCGGCGAAUACCUUAUUCGUAGCUCUUUCGGCGGGCCCAACGAGAGCUUCGUCAUCAGUGGUAGCGAGGAUGGCAAUAUCCUCAUCUGGCACAAGAACACGGGCGCCGCCGUUGAACGUCUACCCGGGCAUCACCCGCGCUGCAACGCUGUUUCAUGGAACCCUGCUGACCCCUUUAUGCUGGCGUCCUGUGGCGAUGACGGGCGGGUCAAGAUGUAA